AGUGUUUAUGUAUUCUGAGGACCAGUUUGAGUGAACUGAAGGCGGUGCCCUGUGAAUCUCACCAGGCUGCACCAGUGGUCUGGACAUGCAGGGGAGUGGAGGCGUGGCAUUUUGUUUGACUAAAUAACUAAACAAUCUUUAACUAUACGGUAGAACAGCGGGAACAGACGGAGAUCGAUUCCAGACAAUCCCGAUAAAUGUAUUUUAUUACGGAUAUCUGCACUCAAAUCUAUAGAAAGCGGGUCAUCUUUCUCUAGUCCAACGAUGAAUUCUAAACGUCUGCUUGACAUGUCUCCUGUUGGAAUACGGGUCGGGGGCGCUUCGAAACAAGCCGGUAUUGAUCAGCAUGCAGAGGGCUCCAAGGGACGCAAAAUUACUGUCGCCGCCACUGCGGACAGCGGUGUCAUUCUGGCGUGCAAGAAUGGUCCCGCAACAGGAGCAGUUUUCUACAAAUUCGUGUUGGAUGAUGGAUCUUUAAGAGAAUGUACAAGACAGGACACCGUCCUCAAUGUGAAUGACCUGUCAUCAGGGAGAGAACAAUACCACCUCUUGAAUAAAGCAGGUUGUGGUGGGGAGGCAGAUGAAAGAAACAGUGGUCUGACUGGGAUCCUUACUAACGGCAGUCCCACACACUGCCUGAUCCGGAAAGGGCAGAAGGCGGACAGACACGUGCACUCGGAGGCGAGGACCCCGCUGGUGCCCAGCGGUUGCCAGGCAACAAAUGGACAGCAAGUUCCACCUGAGGAGAGAGACCCUCAUCCCUCCUCCCAAAUACCUGUCCCCCGACGCAGGAAACCUUCAGGUCUUGCUGAUAAGGAGGUACUGGCUGCUACCGUCCUGACAUCACUGUCCACCUCUCCUCUGGUCCUCUCCCAGACAGCCUCAGCUGCAGUUCCGGAGCCAGCCAGCAGAGGGUGGAAGGAGGUGCUGUCAACUAGCUACAGCAGCUCCACCAGUGGCAACUGGAGCUGGGACACCAGUGACCAAUCAGUGCCCUCCACACCGUCCCCGCCUCUCUCCAACGACACCAGCAAGAGCUUCCUGCUCUCCUCCCAGGGUGAUCAUGUCAUCGACGACGUCAAAGAGAGCACGCACUUCUUGUUUGAGGACCCCAUACCCCGGAAGCGAAAGAACUCUACGAAGGUGAUGCUCAAGUGCUUGUGGAAGAACUGUGAAAAGGUCCUCAGCACCUCUUCAGGGAUCCAGCGACACAUCCGCACCGUCCACCUGGGGCGGAACUGUGACUCGGACUACAGUGACGGGGAGGAGGACUUCUACUACUCAGAGAUCGAGGUCAACAUGGACAGCCUAUCAGAGGGCUUGUCCAGCCUCACGCCCACCUCCCCCACCACUACCGGCCCUCCCGCCAUCUUCCCCCCUUUCUCCCACGCCGCCUUUGUUCCCCGCUCUGAGCCCGCCCACAUCGUCAUGAGGGGACCGCAGGGUCAUGCUCCCAGUCUGCUCAGCCAAUCAGCCCCCUCCACGCUCUGCCAUAUCCGUACUGACCACGCCUACCAGGCCACUGCUCCUGUGAGUAUUCCUGUGUGUUUGGAGCAGGCUGAUGGGAAUGAAGGGAUUGGCAAUAGGGAUGGGAUCAGUGUGUCCUGGCAGUCCCCUCCUGUCAUUUUUAAAGGCUUAACGGGGCCGUUGACUCACAUCCGCACGGUGAGCUUCGGGGAGAAGAGACAGCCAGCCCCUCAUGCACACACCACCAUCUGCAAGACACCCCCCUUUACAGCCCCCCUGCCCAAACCAGCACCAGGAACCAGGAAACCCCGUGGAGAGGCCAAAAAGUGCCGGAAAGUGUAUGGCAUGGAGAAGAGGGACAUGUGGUGCACAGCCUGCCGCUGGAAAAAAGCCUGUCAGCGAUUCACUGACUGAACCCCAGUACAUCACUGGGAUGGACUCUUCCUCUGCCAGCGCUUCAAUGAGGUGUCAUCUUCCACUGAGGAGAUGUGGGGGUUUCUCCGUGAUGAAGCCCCUCAGAGCACGCACUGCUUCCUCCUGACCAGCAGGGGGCUCUCUGCUCGCUUCUCCUAGCCCUCAGACAGCUGAAUUUACAAAACACAACAACUAACUGAUGGAAAAAGGCAAAAAAGAAAAAUGAAUUUGGCUUUGGAAGAAUAGUUUUUCUUUCUAAUGAUGAGACUUUUUAGGUAAUCAAAAAAAGACAAAUAUUAUUCAAAACCUUUUCGAUUUGUUUUGUAUUUUCUAAUUUUGUCUGCCUUCACUGUAGGGGAGUUGUUGAAGAUUUCAGAUAAGCUUUUUUGGUAUUGUGUACUCUCAACGUAUUGUUUUUUACUGGUCCGAGUAUCAUGGAAGCUACUGUGUUUGAGUUUAUAAGAUCCUGAUACCGCUCUCUCGUCGGCGUCUUUCAAUGCACCUCCGUGAAUGUUUUAUAACUAAAAUCACAUUAACUUCGGGGAUUUUAUUCGAAUGGAUCGUUUUUCAAAUGUCAACUGUCACUCUUUUUGAAAUGGGCAGUAAGUCUACCAAAGGAAAAAACUAAUCAGAACUACCCAUUCGCUCAGCAUUUAGAUGCGUCUCAUUAAGUUGCAAGCUUGUUCUGCUCUUCAUAUCCAAGUGUUACUGGAAUAACACAUCACAUGCUCUUAUGGGAAUUCAACUCUGAAACUCUAAUCACUUUGUUUGGGAAGUACAUCAUCCAUAGCUACUCAUCAUAAGAUUCUUGCUUUUUGCAUAGAUAUGAAACACGCCCUCUUCCGUCUGGUUGCAGCAAAUGUUACGUUUUGAAUGUACAGUUUAGAAAGAUAUCUUUUCCCCUUUCUUCCUUUCCAUACCUCUGAUAUGCAUCGUUCGGGAACAACACAUCUUUCAACGGAUCACUGUAAACUUUGUAACUACAGUGUUUCCUCUCAUUUCUUACAUGUAUUUUCAGCGAUCGGUUACCAAGGCAACUAGUAGUUGCAAAGUGUAUUCACCAGGGUUUGGAAAGUCUCGUCUCGCUUUGAUUAAUCGGCUCUAUUGUUGAUUACAGUUGUCGUCGCCAACAUGAAGCUCUGCCGUAGCACUGCUGGCUACUCAGAGGUCUAGAGUUCAUUUUCUGGGUAUCGUCAUAGACACAGAAUACAAUCUCGUUCUCGUUCUCUGUGGGUGCUGUACCAUAGUCAGUCCCACUCAACCCUCACUCCCAGUUACAGCUCUUAACUGGUAUCUAAUGGCGUUGAAAUCAAGAUGUUUGUCUCCAAGGGAUUGUUUGCUUCCCAUGAAUUGUACCUGGAUUCCUGAUCAGACGUGAGAGCAGAUCUAGAUGUGUAUUUUUAAACAGAUGUAUUUUUCUACUCUAGCUACUGUUUCGAAUUGUUGCCAGCUCUUUGAAUGUAGUCUCUGCAGGCUCUCUCUUUCUACUCCCAACACUGACUACGAGCCAUUACACAAGUUACAACAGCAGGAUGCACACACACACACACACACACAGGACUCUAAAUUAACUGGUGCUCCCAAUUUUAAAAAGUUAGGAGCACCACAUAAAAUGUAUGAGCACCAGAUUAUAUAUAUUGUUUCAUUGAUUGAGAUGCAGCCUAUAUUGGGCCUAUAUUAAUUCUAGCUACUUUUGAAGCAUAUGCUGUGCCCCAGAAAUGAACACUGUCUGGAUAGUUUAUAAUAAAAGCUCAAAUGUUGA